CAGCAGUUGCGACGCGUCGCGGUCGCAGAGAAAAACCAUCGGGGUUGAGUUGUUUUUGCCGCACAUUCAGAUUGGCAACCCGGUUUUGCGUGGUGCGUGUUUUGUGGAAGGGAUGUGGUGCACCUCCUUACCGAACUCUUUUGCAUUUUACUCUGGUCCACAUAUUGCCAGCACUUUCACGACCGCGCUGCGAAGGUGGAAAAUCGCCGGAAAAGUGGGUGGUUGUAUUUUUAUUAUUGCCUUACAAUGGCAACGCAUCGGUCGGCAUUGCGUCGCAAUAAACCCACUUCGAUGGCAUCGGCGACGGUACUAGUUGGAUAUAUAAAAGCAUAAUUGCUGCGAGCCAGAGGCUUAAUACGAAACAGGAAGCUGAAGUGUCAACAAUGCGCCAAAUAAAAUAAAAUGCAUAAAUAAAUAAAGAAAAAUAAAAAAACGUUUACAAUUUAACAACAAAUUUUAAUAAAGUGGAGUCUCUAUAAACAAAAGAAAAAAUUUGAUCAAUAAAAAUAAAUUAAAUAUAAAAGACAGUACAUAAAAUAAACCAAAACAAAAACAAGCAUCAAUUAGCCAAAUAAUAUUUUAUAGUGUUAACAGAAAACAGUCGAUAAAGUUCACAAAUUAAACCAACAAACAUUUGCCAAAUAUACAAAUGUGUUUUAAAUAGAUAAAAAUAUCUUAACAUUUUUGAAAACUUAAUAUUUGAUAUAAAUAUUUUUUUAACUAGUGCGUAUACUUAAUAUUCCUAAGAAUAACCGAUAAUUGUAAAGAAAUAUUAACCAGUUGUUCUCGUAAAAUGGUUUCGUAUACAAAAUAAAAUUAUUACACAUCAAUAAAUAUUUGUAGAGGAAAACAAAAAUCUUGCUUCAACGGUGAAUACUUAUGUGGAGGAAGUUGACCGCCAGCUCCAACGAUUUUUACGCAUUUUCAAUUUCAUGGCCGCACAGCAAAACAAACUGAACUAUUGUUCCUGGUCUCUGCAAUGAAUGCCACCUCGCCAAAGUCAUCGCUGGUCAAGUUGGGCCUGCAUACCAACAAACAAAAGACCCUGAAGGUUAUGGUCUUGGGCCAAAGUGGCGUGGGAAAAACGGCCAUGGUGGUGCGUUUUAUUACCCGACGCUUCAUUGGCGAAUAUGAUCCUAAUCUGGAGAAGAUUUACACCUGCCAAACCACGCUGGACAAGGAGCCCAUUCAGUUUGACAUUCUGGAUGCCACCGGCCAGCUGCAAGAACUAGAUGGCGUUAGUCUGGAGUCCAAUAUCCGCUGGGCCGACGCCUUUAUUCUCAUGUAUUCCAUCACAGACAAGUGUUCCUUCGAUGAGUGCAGUCGUUUAAAGUUCCUCAUUAAUUACAACAAACGAAGACGCAAGUUGGGCUCGGCCAGCAAAGACUACAUAUUGGAUAUUCCUGUCAUUUUGGUGGGCAAUAAGACAGACCAGCCCGGAGAUCGAAUGGUCACCUUGGAGGAGGGUCAACGGAGGUUCAAAGAGCUGUCCUGCGCCUGUUUUCAUGAGGUUUCUGUUAGAGAAAGUGUGGAUCAGGUUCAGAACGUCUUUCGCGAUGUGUUUCGCUUUUGGCGGGUCUUUAGCAAAUUCCCCAAGCUCAAGCGCUCCACGAGCGAUGUGGCCAAUAACGAUGGUAUCCUUACCCCCGAUUCGGGAUCCUGUUCCUUUUACGAUGCCUCGUCCUUGGGCGCCGGUCGACGUUCUUUUCUGGUCAUCGGAAGCGCCUGUUUGGAGGAGAGCAGCGGUGAUCACACAGAGUCCACGGAUGAGAUUGCGAGCAGUAGUUUGAGCAGCUCACGUAGCGAUAUCGAUGCCCCCUUCCGAAGUAGAGCUUCCACGGACGGAACUCUGUUGUCCCGACCACGGAGAUGGCGAUAUCCACCGCCGGGAUGCCUGCUGCCACACACAAAUCGCGUGGAGCGACGGAUGAGCAUUUCCACCAGGGGCAGCAACGCCAGUUAUUGAGAGGGGGAAUUUAAGUCCAGGGAGGGUCGAGCUUAGUUAGUCAAAAUGUAGUGACAAAU